CGCGGAAUGGCCUCGGACACGGUUGCUACUUCGUCUUACUCGUCGUCGACCUCCAUUGACUCCGUGCUUUCCUUCCUGGAACUUGCAAUAGUGAGGCAGAGGAAAUGGUGAGACAUUUCUCCGCCGAAGUUUCUUUUCCGUUGGUAAUUUUACCGGCUCAACAUCCCUCCGCCCAAUCUGUGCGUUUUCUACAAUUUUGGUUGAUCUCCUGCUGUCAGUUGUCCAGAAGCUGUGCUCAAGGAGGGGUUCUGCUUAACCGGUGUAAAAGGUGGGAUUUCGUUAGCGAAUUCAUCGUUUUUCUCCGGUUUUAAUCCCCCUUUUGGCCAAAGUUUGGAUCUUCCUUUGCAAGUUUGAGGGUUUUAAAAUCCUGUCCUUGGAGCAUUAUUCAUCGCGCCCGAGAUGGGUGGUCAGCUUAGCAAGAGGCCCAGCAUGAGUCCAGGCAGCCUUGAUACUCACGGCGGAGGCAACAGUAUCCGUGGCGAUGACCAGGUUAAUGGUGACGCCGUCGGUCGGGCUGAUGCAGUCCAGAAUGGCAUCGAGUACUCCGAUGAACUGAGCUACUACGAGGCGGCAUGCCACGCUGACCCAGAGCUUCAGUCCUUCGACUCCAAGAUCCAACAGCGCACUAGCCACGCCAUAUCCACCCUGGCUCUCGGAGUCGAGCUUCGCUCCAUCUCCUUCAACACUCUCAAGGAUUUGACGGGCCACCUCUUCGAGACGAACAACGAAGUGGUCCUUGCUAUUCUGAAAUGGAAGGACGACAUCUGCAAGAACGCUGAGCUCUCUGACCUUAUCGAGGACUACUUCGAGUGCAGCAUCAAGACCCUCGAUUACUGUAUUGAGCUAGAGAAGUGCCUCAAGAAAGCUCGCGAUAGAUAUCUGAUCAUCCAAUUCGCUCUCCAGCACUUUGAGGUGGAGGACAAGGAGAACAAUGGAGUUGAAGCUGAAGAAAAUGUUAAGAAUUACACAAUGACCAUAGAGAAGUUGAGAAAAUUUAAAGCCGCUGGCAAUCCAUUCACUGAUGAAUUCUCUCAUAUCUUCCAAUCUGUUUAUAACCAGCAGCGGUUAAUGCUCAAUAAGCUUCUAGCGAGAAAGAAGAGGCUUGAUAAGAAGCUAAAUUCGAUACAGACAUGGAGGAAAAUGUCAAAUAUACUUUUUGUAGCUGCUCUUACAACUGUAAUUAUAUGCUCUGUUAUUGCAGCUGCUAUCGCUGGGCCUCAUGUUGCAGCUGCACUGGCUGCUGCAUCUACAAUUCCGAUAGGUUCUAUGGGAAAGUGGAUUAACUCAUUGUUAAAGAACUAUCAGAAUGCUGUGGGAGCAGAGAAAGAGCUUCUUAUUUCGAUGCAAGUUAGGACAAGGAUUUCUUUAAAAGACCUGGAUACAAUAAGGGUGCUGGUUGAUAAGUUGGAGAUUCAUUUCAAUUCACUGCUGGAAAAUGCAGAAUUUGCCCUUAAGGAUGAAGAGGUAGUAAAGUUCGCAAUUGAAGAGAUCAAGCAGAACUUGGAAGUGUUCAUGCAGAGCAUCGAGGAUUUGGGAAAGGAAGUGGAUCAAUGCAGCAGGAAUACAAGGAAAGCAAGAACGUUGGUGUUAAAGAAAAUUUGGAACCUCCCAAACAACUAGAAUUAUCUGUUGAAUUCUAUAAGAUUGACAUUAUUGAAACGCAACUUGUCUUAGAGAGGACUACAAGAGAGAGUCUUGCUGAUUUUGGAGAAUGAUAAUAGACAUCUGAUGCAGGGCGAAAGUUCAAAAAGUGGCUUCCAGUUGAAGCUUGACAUAGUACUAUAGUAGUUGUUGGAAGAUGAUGAAUCAUGUUACUUAUAUCUCGUCUGGUCUUUCUUUCCUGUUAGAACUGGCUUAAAUCGAUAUUGAAUUAAGGAAUCACUUGGUGGUGAA